UUCAAACCUACACGAGGUCAAAAUCCCUUCUGUAGAAACGGUUUGCGCCCUUCAUACUUAAUCUCCAAAUGCGCGCCAAGCACAUGUCAGUAAAGGGCGACUUUGACUCGAUCUCUUGCAAAGGAGACCGGAGGAAAUUCGGUUGAUUCUUCAGGGGAAGGCUUUAGCGUACUUUAGUCAUGAGCGUUCCAACCUCGUGUAGGAGUAGUUUUCGGUACAAUAUGGACAUGCUCGAUUGACACAAUCAGUUGUAGGCCUUCAUCCUAGCGACAGAGGUGUUUUCGGCUGACACAUGCGAAGGAAAUUUGGUACUCAUUGCGAAUGACUCUGAAGGAUGAUUUUGAACUGUUUGCUCAUUCGACUUGUGCACCACCACCUUGACACCAAUGGCAUCUGGUCAGGCUCACACAAGGUAGUUGAUGCAAGAAACUCCUUCAAGUCGUGGCGAAACUCGCCAAGGAUGCUCGAACUUUGCAAGACGACAAGUAUAAACUCUGAGAUCGUUCCAAGAGCUGUGAUGUAAUGUAAUGUUGCUGGUCAGGACAGAUAUCAAACAGCUGGUAUCUUAAGCAGGUAACCGCACUCCCAUGACAAGUGUAAUAGAGGGAGGAACAUCCGUGCCAGAUUUGAUAGCGAAAGCUAUUUCGGAAAGUCUUCGUUAGAAAGUGAAGUAGAGGCACUUGGAAGGCAGCGUUGAACUCCAAAGACGAGAAAAAGCACUAGAAACGUCAGAAAGAUUCGGCGUUGGUUGUGCGCAAGGUAGCGAAAACGGCUUUCGUGAAUCAAAGUGACGCCUGAAUUCGGACCGAAUUUCGGAUAUAAAUGAAGGUUUCAGUCUAUCUUCGGGUGAAAUGAAGGCUGAAAUCGGACCGAAUUUUGGACUGGAGAGAAGGUACUGUACAGUGGAUUCGACCAUUAUGUCCACGUUGGAAAAACAUGUCCAUGCUGUCAGGAGUGGAUAACACUUGUCUAUCCUAGUUGCAGACAUUGAUUGUAGAGGAGGGUCCAGUUGGCAGAUUUUGGAGGUCCACGUCGACAAACAAUGGUUGUCUACGCUCUCAGUAUGUAAUUGAAUGCUACGUAAUCAAUAAUAGUGCCACGUUGAUUUCAUAUCUA